CUUGUCGGCCAGGAGGGCGGAGGAGGCCGAGCCCCGAGCUUCAAAACAGCCGGCGCUUCACCCCGCGCGCAGCCCGCCACUGCGUCCAGACGCCCGCGACCGGUUUGGAUUUCUCUCUCUCAUCUUCUUUGGGUUCUCAUCCCUCUCUGGACUUUCCAGCUGCUCCCACAGCCCUGUGAACAUGUUGGUGAUUCUUGCCUUCAUCAUCAUCUUCCACAUCGUAGCUUUGGCGCUGUUGUUCAUUUCCACCAUUAACAAUGCCUGGUGGGUAGGAGAAACCUUCUCGGCAGACAUUUGGAGAGUGUGCUCAAACAGCACCAACUGCACAGAAAUCAACGACCUGAGCAGUAGUGACAUGUUUACAGAUUACUCCAUCAUGCAGGCCGUGCAGGCCACCAUGAUCCUCUCUACCAUCCUCUGCUGCCUCUCCUUCCUCGUCUUUCUGCUUCAGCUCUUCCGCCUCAAGCAGGGAGAGAGGUUCACCCUGACCGCCAUCAUCCAGCUCAUGUCAUGUCUGUGUGUCAUGAUCGGGGCUUCCAUUUAUACGGACCGGCGCCAAGACCUUCACCAGCAGAACUACAAAAUCUAUUACCUGAUGCAAGAAGGCAGCUAUGGCCACUCUUUCAUCCUAGCCUGGGUGUCCUUCUCCUUCACAUUCAUCAGUGGCCUCAUGUACAUGAUCCUGAGGAAGCGCAAAUAGGUUUCAGGAGCCCAGCCACUCCCCCACAGUAUGGCAUCCACAUUCACGUAACCAUUUGUAUAUAAUCAGUUUUUGUGGUUUUUUUCUAGCAAACCUAUUGUUUCCUUUAAAAAGCUUUUAUAAAAAAAAAAAAAAGAAGAAGAAGAAGAAGAAAAGAGAGAGAAGAGUGCAUUCUUGGGAUCACAGCCCAGACCACAAAGGCUGGCAUUCAGAAUGCAAGCCCACCAAAAGUCUCCAAGAGGCCCAGCAAAAUCUAGCAAUGUGGACAUCUGCAGAAUGCCUUUCACCCCAGGAGCUGGGGUGGGUGUGGCCAAAGUGGGAAAAGCCUAUCUUCAGGGACAGGCUCCCUGUAGGUUUCUGCCCUGCCCUUCUCCCCCUGCCUGCUCUACUCUGACAGCCACACUGACCCUGGUUUCGGUCUGUAGGGGACCCAGAGCCCCAGUCCCCCCUCAGUAAGUUAGGCCAUCAUGCAAACUCUCUGACAGGCUCCUGUUUGCCGUAAGCUUAGUGUCCCUUAACUGAGCUGAGUCUCUAUAGGUAAUUCCUUAGGUCAUCUGUUACACUUCAAAGACCCUCAUGAUCCUUCAUCAAAGGGGUGGGCCUGCAGUAUGCUUAGUUGCACAACAAUUGGGGGUCAGAGUGCUAGAGCCAGGGAGCAGAGGCACCUGUGAAUGUCAGCAGUCUCACCACACUGAAAUGGCCCCACUCCCACUCCCAGCACAUCUUCGCCUGCACCAGUGCUUGCUGCUUCUCCCACAGCUGCUUCUAUCUGGGCCACUCGUGCCUCCACCUGGCAGGUGGGAUGGGCAGCUUCUUCCCUGCCCUGUCCUAGAAAGGCUCUCUUUUUCUCCUUGCCCCUCCAUCUAAGGUGGGUGCUUCCUCUAGACCCCUAUUUCUGGAGCCUCAGAAGAGCCAGCUUCCAUUCAUUCAUCUACCCAUCAUUCAACAUGAAUGCACUUUGCCACGUGUCAGGUCAAGGGAUACCUUUCAAAACAAUUCCUCAUGAGACUCAGUCUGGUGAAGAUCACACACCAGAAACCAAUUAGAAAAACUAGCAACUGUGAUGGAGCAGCAGGGACCCCACCAGAGUCAAAACCUCCCAAGAUGAUAGGAAGCCCACUUUCUGCAUACUUGACUCUAAGUGCCUUGGGGUAUCUGUACUUCUGUAGAGGAUCCCACAUUUCCCACAGCAGGAAAGGAUUCCCAGAACAUGGCUCUCAAGAUGAGCAUCACAUCGAAGGAGAAUCCAGCUUCACUCCAGUGAAUUCCAAGGAUACCCUGAUAAAUGUGGCCAUGGGAAGGUUGUUCAUAGCACUGGAAGAGUGAUGUGCCAUACCCAAGGCCCAAGAACUCUAGGAUGUCCACCUUCUCCCUUUGGUACCCUUUCCCAUCCAUUGAGCAUCAAGUUGGAGAGAUGAUUCUGGGACAGGGUGUGUAGAUUUGUGUUGUUUAAACAUCUCCACAUGUGAGCUUCUGUGAAGGGUUGUUUACCACUAGCUCAGUCCCAGUGAGGCUGGGGGGAUUGGGUCUCUGUGGCUUUAGGGCCACCGUGGACACCUCAUGCCUUGACGAACUUCCAAGGAGAACUUCCCACCGCUCACUGUUAGCUAGAUUGUAGGGUUGGCACAAUGUCUUGUGAGACUCAAGGAGGGAGGGGUGUCUAAAGUGUCCUCUACACCUUCCCUGCAGGGACUUUUCUAUCAUAACAUCCUGUAGUCAUGAUGGAAACAGACAAACGAAAGUUUAGCCUGAGCCAGCAUCAGUUUCCACCUCAGAUACCCAGAGCUGCAGAAGGAAUCAUCCAAUGUGAUGGGGAUGGUCCUGUGGGUUGUCUUGGCUGAUUGCCACUGUGGCCAACAUCCAGUGCCCACAUUUAGCUGUGACAUGAGAGGUGCCUCUCCUCUGCUCUGUGCCCUGUAUUUGGGAUGCUAGAAAGAGAUGAGGGUGUGAGGGAGAACAGAUCCACCCUUCUAUGUAGGAUCAGCUCUCAGUUGGUGCUUAUCACUAGUUAACCAAAGAUCAAUGACAGUCAGCUGGGAUAUCCAAGAAGCAUGUAUUAGGACCAAACCCAUCACUGUACUUAAAGGAACUUAGUUUGCGCAUCUUACAACAUUUUUAUAAAGUACUGUAAUUCAUGGGGUGGGGCAUGUGACAGAGACAGACUAACCCAUGUUUGUCAUUUGCAUUAAAAUUAUUUUGGGUCUGUUUAAAGAAUUCAGAUAA